AUGGCAGCGUCUGAGAAGUCUAAUACUGCUUAUGACCAUAACCUCCCAACCGCUGUGGACAUCCGUGAGGAAUAUGCGAAUGCCUUCCGUACCGAAUCAUACCUUGACUUUUGGACGCGUGUCAUCACACUAUCCCAUGCCAAUUCUACGACAUGUAGUAUUCCAACAAUUGCUAGUCGCCUGCCAUCCUAUCGGCUCUUCGUGGAGCACCUCCUAGAUCCGGACCAACCCACAGUUACCCGUAUUCUAGCCUUGUCCCGUAUUCGACCCGUAUACCGAUCUAUCCUUUUCGACUAUUUUACCCAAACUGCUAAUACUUCUCUCUUAUGUGGCAUUCUUUUAAAAGAUAUCGAUCGUAUACGUAUCGUGCACCACCUCAUUAAAACCACCCUUCAGUCUCUGGAUGCAACAAACUUUUCCCUGGUGCUGACCGGUUUACACGAUUUUGUCAAUCCAUUUGUCUCUACCGCUUCCUCACCGACCUGGGUUCGGGCUGUUCGAGCCAGUUGCUCUGGAUUGCUAAAACAGCUGGAGUCAAACCGUGACAAGACUCGAGCCAAGCUUCGGCUGGCAAAUGGAUUAAAACGUGGCUCGGCUAUUUUUCUUGUAGCAUUGACGGCCUCACUAACUAUAAUCGUGGCGGCUCAUGCGAUAGCACUGCUUGUGGCUACGCCGGGUCUCAUAGCGGCUUCACUCGAGCUGGCUUCAGUAAGGAGUCUAGCUAGGGUGACGGCUCAGCUGGAUGCAGCUGCAAAAGGGACUUAUAUACUGAAUAGGGACAUGGACACAAUUAGUCGGCUAGUAGCGAGGCUGAACGACGAGCUGGAACACAUGCGUGCAAUGGUUAAGUUCUGGGCGGAGAGGAAAGAGGACCGGCUUGAAGCGAGUGAUGAAGUAGCGCGCCAGCUGAAGAAGAACGAUUGCAGCUUUAGCCAGCAGCUUGAUGAGCUAGAGGAGCAUUUGUAUUUGUGUUUCAUGACCGUAAACAGGGCUAGAAAUCUUGUGAUAAAAGAGAUGGUGGACCCCGGGCAACCUAGUUGA